UUUUAAUUUAAAACCCUCUGAUUUGAAAGAUUCUGAUUCUGAUGGAUACUGUUUGUAUUUGUAUAAUUCUAUUCCGCUUACCCAAAUUAAAUAUUCAUAUCAAGCAUUAAAAGAUUUAUUCUUUAAUCUCAUCAAUGCCAUAUUACUUUUCACCCACACAUCACAUAAGCGAUUGAGAAAGCUCUGUUUUCCCAUUAGCUUUUCGUUUUCUUUGUUUUUUUCUUUCUGCGUGUGUGUGUGUGUGUGUUAACUGUUAAGAGAAGAGAGUGUGCAAGUUGACUUUACAGCGAGAAUUCCAAAGCCGGACGCAAAGGGGGAGUUGGGUUGAUGAAAAAACUUAUGUGGGGUCAUGCUCGAACUUCGAAGGAAGAAUCUUCAGCAUUAGAAUCAUACUGAAUAAAGCAGUACUUACAAGGAAAGGGGGCUGAAGAGAGGCAUUAUUGGGAGAAGGACUUUGGUAUUUUUGUGGUUUUGGGCUGCAAAAAUGAAAAAAGCUUUCUGAAGAAAUCAUUCUUCAUUUCUGCAGAGUUUCUCGUGUUCCUAUUCUUCAGACACUUCUUCUUCCUGCCCAUUUCAGGAACAGUGCAGGAAUUAUAUAACUAACCUUUUGGGAAUCUUUUUGAAUCUUUCAAAUUUGUUGGUUCUUCCUAAACAUGGAAUGGAAUUUCUUCUUCUGGGUUUGUAUCUGAUAUUGGAUCGGUUUAAGAAGCUAUAUCUGAAUCAGUGGUAAGAAGUUCGUUCAAAGCAUCUUGGAGUUUUCUGGGGAGUUCUCUUUUAUGGACGAUGGUAUGUUAUCACCAGCUACAAUGCUGGAUGCUCCAGCUGAAACUGCCAUGGAUUUGGACUACAUGGAUGGGUUGUUUUUGGAUGGUUGUUGGUUAGAAACAGCUGAUGGUACCGAGUUUCUUCAUACUAGCCCUUCAAGCUUCGGUGUCAACUUAGACGCUUUGAUUGGAUGGCCUGCUACAGAGAUGAAUGGUGAUUUUAACAUGACCCAGAUUUCAAGAAGUAAUCAAGAAGAAGAAAGGAAAAUCUCGACUGAUGAGAUGUCUUUGGGGAGGAAAAGAAUCGAUAUGGGGCAAGAAGGAUGCUCUGGUCAGUCAGAAAACAAUGGUUUUGGAGGUUCUGAAUUGUGUAGAAGAUUGUGGAUAGGACCUGGGGAACAUCUGGGUACUCCAACUUCUGUGAUGGAGAGAUUGAUUACAGCUGUUGGGUAUAUCAAAGAUUUUGUAAGAGACAAAGAUGUUCUUGUACAAGUAUGGGUGCCUAUAAAUAGAGGGGGAAGAAGUGUUCUCAUCACAAAUGAUCUCCCAUUCUCUCAGAAUUCUAGCUGCACAAGACUCACUAAAUAUCGCGACGUCUCUGUGACAUAUGAAUUCACUGCUGAUGAAGAUUCUAAAAAAGCUUUGGGAUUGCCUGGUCGGGUUUUCUCGAGGAAGGUUCCAGAGUGGACUCCUGAUGUUCGAUUCUUUAGAAGCGACGAAUACCCGAGAGUCAAUCAUGCUCACGAACACGAUGUACGUGGAACUGUAGCACUUCCUAUUUUUGAACAAGGUAGCAAGAACUGUUUAGGAGUCAUUGAAGUUGUCAUGGUUACCCAGCAGAUCAAAUAUGGUUCAGAACUUGAGAAUGUUUGCAAAGCUCUUGAGGCAGUCAAGCUUAGGAGCUCUGAUGUUAUGGGCCACCCGAAUAAAAAGCAGGUAUUUAACAGGUCCAACGAAGCUGUAUUACAAGAGAUUCAAAACACUUUGAAAUCAGCUUGUGAAACGCAUGGCUUGCCUUUGGCACAAACCUGGGCAUCGUGUAUGCAACAAAGUAGAGGGGGUUGCCGGCACUCGGAUGAGAACUACAGUUGCUGCGUAUCUACGGUAGACCGAGCUUGCUUUGUUGCCGAUCAGCGAAUUCAGGAAUUUCAUGAGGCAUGCUCUGAGCAUCAUUUGCUAAAAGGCGAAGGCAUUGUUGGGAUGGCAUUUAAAUCUAACGAGCCAUGUUUCUCAAGUGAUAUUACGUCCUUUUGUAACACAGAAUAUCCUCUUUCUCACCAUGCCAAGCUGUUUGGAUUACAUGCUGCAGUUGCAAUACGCCUUCGUUGCAUUUAUAUUAGUAAAACUGAUUUCGUACUAGAGUUCUUCCUGCCUGUAAAUUGUAGAAAUCCUGAAGAUCAGAGAGUGCUACUCACUUCAUUGUCCACAAUUAUACAACGAUCUUGCAGGAGCCUGCGUCUAGUAACAGAUAGGGAGUGCAGCGAGGAAAAUAUGCAACAAUCUUAUAGAAGUUUACAUCUUGUUACAGAUGUUAAACUUGGGGAACAAAGCAAGUUUCCAUUUGGAGAGGCAGGUUUCGUUGCAAAUGGAAGAUCCGCUAUGCAGGAAAUGAGUAAGGUACAAAACCAUCAGUUAGAAACGAGUCAUCCAACAACUUCAUCUGUUCAAAACAUCCAACAACAUAGUGGCUUUGUCUCAUUUUUCCAGGGGGGCAAACCAUCGGAAGUCUUAAGUUCCUCUGGUUACCAGCAUCGUGGAUUUAAUUACGAUCUGAACGGAGUUGUCGAGGACAGUGAAGAGUGCGCAACUGUUGGUAAUGGUAGCUUUCCUGAUGUAGGUUUGGGAAAAACUGGUGAGAAAAGACGAACCAAGGUGGACAAGACUAUCACCUUACAAGUUCUUCGGCAAUAUUUUGCGGGUAGCUUAAAAGAUGCUGCAAAGAGCAUUGGAGUUUGUCCUACCACAUUGAAAAGGAUAUGUCGGCAACAUGGGAUUAAACGUUGGCCUUCUCGGAAAAUAAAAAAGGUCGGUCACUCAUUGCAGAAACUCCAGCUCGUAAUUGACUCGGUGGAAGGCGCAUCUGGUGCUUUUCAAAUUGGAUCCUUGUAUUCUAAUUUCCAGGAGUUGGCGUCUCCAAAUCUAUCAGGUUCAGGUUCAGGUCCACCUUUUGGUGCAAAGAUGGGAGAUUGCCUGAAAACAUCAAAUGAAGUUGGUAUGAGCAACCUCCAAGGUGCAGCAUCAAAAUCUCCAUCCUCUUCAUGUAGCCAAAGCUCGAGUUCGAGCCAAUGCUUUUCUAGUCGAAGCAAUCAAAAUCUUCCCCAUUGGAACGAAGCCGGAAGUGAAGAUCAAAUGGGUGGUGGAGUGAAUCCUUGUGAUGGAGAGCUAAAGAGGGUCAAAAGUGAAGUAGAGAUACAUGUAUCGAUUAUGGAAGGAUCAAACGUUCCACGAAGAUCCCAAAGCUGCAAAUCUCUAUGCAAACAUCCAGCCACAGAAUGUGCAAUGCACACAGCAAAAGAAAGCAAUGGGAUGGCGGAAGCAGUCGAAGUUCAGAGAGUAAAAGUCAGCUUUGGGGAGGAGAAAAUCCGUUUUCGAGUGCACAACCGGUGGGGAUACGAAGAGUUACUGAAUGAAAUCGCAAAACGAUUUAGUAUCAGUGACAUAAGUAAAUUUGAUCUCAAGUAUUUAGAUGAUGAAUCUGAAUGGGUGUUAAUAACAAGUGAUACAGAUCUGCAGGAGUGUUUUCAUGUUUACAAAUCAUCUCAGGUCCAAACAAUAAAACUAUCGCUUCAGGUGUCUCGUCGCCAUAAGAGAAACUAUCUUGCAAGCAGUGGCUUCUCAUGAACUUGCAAUGACAGACAUUGCAAGAAAGCUAAUGGAGGAGCCACAAAUCUUCUUCAUUUCCCAUUUUCUAAAAGGACUCAAAUUUUACAACAACAACAACAACAAAAAAAAAAAAGGGUCUUUGUUUUUAGAUUUUCAGGUGGAAACUGGAAAGUGGAAAGUGGAAAGGCAUGAAUGAGUAUGCAAAUAUAUUUUCCUGAAUUUGAAGACAAGAAAGUCCAUUCAACUAUUGAAGGCAUCUUUUUGUGCCUUUGUUUUAAGAAGCAAGCCAAAGGUUGUGUCCUUUGGGGUUACAUGUUGGCAAUGCCAUGACAAGUGACAACUACCUCGUAUGUAAAUUACCUCUCUUCUUUUUUUCCCUUUUCUUUUUGGCAAUUGGAAAAAUAGAUUUCUUUUUCUUUUUGACUUUUGGGGUUUGUAUGUAAAUUUGACUUGUUGAGGGUGACAUAAUUGUGGCUGAGCUGGGAAAGACUUUUUUGAAGAAACAAAUAUUUUAUAUGCUCUGACAUCAACUUCUCUGUUGGCAAUAAAAUUAUGGAUAAUAUUUAUUGCA